AUGACCACGAACAGAACCGAGGCUUCGUCUGAGUCUGAUGAUCAAAGCAAAUCCGAGCAGAGGCUUUCCCAAACGCGAGCUAGGGAAGCAGAGAACAUGGCGAAAGAAGCGUAUGCAGAGAAAGAGCACUUGGUGAAGCUCUUGUUCAAGCAAGCCUCGGAGAUUUUCGGGUAUAAGCACUGGUUGCAACUGCUUCAUCUGGAAGUACUUUACCUCGAAAUCAAGAACAACAAGGAGGACGAGCCACCGGUUUCGAUCCCAUGGAGCAAUGGCAAAGCAAGAAAACCGGGGAUGAGGAAGAGAAGAAGCAAAGUAGGCGGUUGGUUUAGCUUUGGGGACGAGUCUUGUUGGUGCUGGUUUGCUUUUGGGAUGGACUGUUGGAUGGAUGCAAAUGCUAUCUUUCUAGUCGAAAGAACAAGACAAGAGAAGAAGAGAAACCUCGAAUUAAAUGUUUAUCUUGAAAUGAGUUUAUAA